UUUUCAAUUAUCAUUGACUGUUGUAUUUAUAUUUACUUUUUGUCAUAGAUGACUGAUAUAUAAUUGCUUUUUUUAAUCCUGUUUAUCUAACAGCUAACUAGCUAGUAGGUAGUAUUUAGCUAGACCACUGUUUCUAGGGGCUGACAUAUAAUUAUUUUUGUUCAGUGCUAUUGGAUGCUUUUUUUAUUGUGGUAAUCGUAAGAAGCCUGUAAUGAUCUAAUUGGAAAAAUAUUUUAUUUCUUCGUUUAUCUUUAAUAAAUAUAUAAUAACUCUCACUUAUAUUUUUUGGGAGCUUGCUGAAUUAUUUUUGACAAACAGUGAUAUGGUUGAUUAAGGUUUUCUGUGCUCAAUCAAAAUAAUUAUGAAUGCCAUGUCGUGGAGUGUUGAAGACGAGGCUGUUAUAGCCACUAAUACCGAUGCUACCGAAUGUAAACGAUGCGCAGUUGAUCUAGGCUACUGGAAAGAUGAAUACAUCACAUAUUUUGCUAAACACGUCGACAGAAAGGCACCAGAGAUAAACCGCGGUUACUAUGCUAGAGUGAAAGCAUUAGAGAUGUUUAUACACCAGUUUCUGGAACGAUGUGGCACAAAGUGCCAGAUUAUUAAUCUGGGCUGUGGAUUCGACACCCUGUAUUGGCGGCUCAAAGAUACCACGCAGGCCGUCAGCAAUUUUGUGGAGUUGGACUACCCUUCCGUGAUCAGCAAGAAGUGUCAAAUCAUCAAGCGGAAUAAAGCUCUGCUGGAGAAGAUCUGCACCGAAGACGGCGAGGUGGUGGUGCGCAGUGGCGACCUGCACGCCGAGGGUUACCACCUAGCGGGCUGUGACCUGUCCAACGUGGCCGAGGUGGCCCGCAAGUUAGCCGGCGCCGGCGUGCGAGGUGACGCGCCCGCCCUGCUGCUGGCCGAGUGCGUGCUGGUGUACCUGCGGCCGGUCGCCGCCGACGCUCUGCUGGCGCACCUCGCCGCCGCCUUCCCGCGUUGCGUGCUGUUGCUGUACGAACAGUGCAACCUCGCCGACCGCUUCGGCGAGGUGAUGCUGCGCAACCUGAGCGCGCGCGGCUGUGCUCUCGCCGGUGAGCGAUUCUGCCGCGACCCCGCGGCGCAGGAGCGACGCCUCCUGGCCGCCGGUUUCGAGGCCGCGCGCUGCUGGGACAUGGAGACCGUGUGGCGUGCCUUUCCCGAGGAGGAGCGCGCGCGCGUCGAGGCGCUGGAGAUGCUGGACGAGCGCGAGCUGCUGCAGCAGCUGCACGCGCACUACGCGCUGACGGUGGCCACGCGCGGCGCGCUCUUUGCCGACCUCGACCUCAACUGCUAGAAGCCGCUUCGCCGCUGUCCACGCACCUGGCCGGGUCGAGUUACGGAUGCUCUAUCUGCUCGUAGAUGAUUUUCCUUUUUGAUCUAGAGAUUAUUGUCAUUAGUAAUAUUACGAGUUGUUAUGGUAAUAGUAUAUUUCAUUACGAGUGCGGAGAGCCGGAAAGUUGCAAUGACGGUUCCGCCUGUGAAUGAUUUUUAAUACAGUUGCGAAAAAACUAAGCACUUUGAUAAACUAUUAGAUUUUUUCUUUUCUCUCCACGCAAUAAAUUUGUCGUAUGUGGAUAUGUAGCGACUUUUUGACUUUUCCGGAAAAAUGUUCUCCAAAGCAUUUUGUGCAAUUAUACUGAGUUACGGUGGUGUUAAUUCAAAUAAAAUAUCGUCGAAAUUACUCAUUUUGUGCAACAAACAACUAAACUCGCCAAGAACAUUUUUUUAAAUGGCGCCAACCGUAAAAUCGUCUGCCGGGUAGGCAAAGCAAACGAUGCCCAUACAGCCGAGUCUUCAGUAGAUUUUUUUUAUUGAUAUGAAAUGAAACCUAAACUAACUCAUUGAAUCAAAUCAUUAAAUCUGAUACUGAAACAAACAACUUUACUUUUUGAGCAACUGUAUUAAAAAUAUGUAUGCAGAAUAAAUUCAUUAUAAAAGUAACCGUUGUUGUAAUAGCAAUGUGUCAAACAAUACUUGGAGUGAGUCAGACUCAUCAUCGUUUAUGAAUAUUGGUACUGUUAAUGAGUAAGUCAUAUUGUUUCAGGAAUCUUCUUUUAUUUAUAAAAAGGUCAAUAAAUGUUUGAUGUUACAAAUAUAUUUUUGUUUAAAUAAAUGUGCUAUUUUAAUGUCUAA